AUUGAAUUAGAUCAUUUCCAUCACGCGUCGCUAGCGAUCCCGUACAGAUGUACAUCAUUCAGGUGAGGUAUGUGGAUACCUAAGUCGUUAGUCUCCUGCAUAGUUAUUAAUGGUGGCUUUUACAAUUGCAAAUGGAGCUGAAUAUGGAUCAAAAAAACCAUUAUUCACCGCUUGGGCAGAGAUUUUAAUUUGGAUUACAUGUUCGAACCAUGGUGGAAUGGAGCUUCCAUACGACUGAUGCGAAGACCUGUAGUUCGACAAAUGAUGAGUAUAUAAAGCCGACCGGAUGGCCUCCAUCAUCCUCCAGAGCCUCCAUCAUUGUCCACUAUCCAAUAGCUCUGCAUCCUAGACCUUGCAAUCCUCCCGAAAAGAAUCGAAAUCCUUUUCCAAGCCAGCCAAUACGCCUCCUACAUCCGUCAUGCCCACCAUCGACGACUACGUAACCUCGGCCCUCCAGGCCCGCGCCGCACUCCGGUACAACAAAGCGGACGAGAAAGCCCUUCUCAACCUGCGCAAAGCGCUCUACAGAGCCCACCAACUACUCAAUAUCGCACACGACGUCACUGAGGCAACCGAGGACGACCUUCUCCAGUAUCACAUCGAGCUGCCAUGGGCCUACAGCAGCGCCGUCGGCAACCCGGCCGUACCCGGCGACUGCGCACAGAUGGGCGCCGACCAUUACAGCGCGCUGUGCCAGGAGCUGUACGACGCCUUCUCCAAUCCCGGUAAGGAUACGCUAGUGAGCGACACGGCGUUUGGGGAGAAGGUGAUCCAUAUUACGAAUAAUGUGGCGAAUUAUACGCUCGUUACUGCGGAUGUGGUGAAGCGCACUGGGAGGAAAAAUGCUCCGCGAGGGCAGAUUGCGGCGCUGGCGUGGGCUUGUACGAAUUCGAUGAGUAAGAGAGGGGAGAAGGCUGUUGAAGAUGCGGAGAAGCUGUGGGUCCAGCGCUGUGGACAGUUCACGAAGGAGGAGAUUGUUUGAGUUGAGAGAGAGGAGCACGGCGUUGUAGUGACCGAGCUGGACAAUGGAUCGCCACAGGAAUUCUUCGUAUUGAGAAACACAGUAACGCUCGUUCGUAUAGUUGAAGCUGGAUGACGCAACAUCAUGAAAUGCCAGUGCGCUGCAACAAAGUAGUCACAGUGACGACUUUAUACC